CGAGUGGGGUCGGGCGGCCCAUGUUUGUGGCACCUGAGGGAGAAUGGCAGGAAUGACGGCUUCGUUACAUACGAGCUGUACUUGUUUCUUGAACACUGUUGUUGGUGCGAUUUUCUUGCCCCGCGACUGGCAAGUGUCGAACACCAAAGUGAUGGGAGGGACGCGCUCACGAGAGCGAGGAUCUUGGGUGGACGUUGGAGGAAGAAACUCUAUUUGUUGGCCAAGGAGCCACAGGUCCAGGCCGAGAAGUGAAAUAGGCUCGCGGUCGACCUCGUCAAAGCCUGCAUACCGGCGCACAACACUGCCGUCAGUGCCAUUUUGUGCAGCUGCUCAUGAUUCGCACAGAACCAUGGUGGGUUCAGCAGGAGUUUACUGGCGCGGACCAAGAGCUUCCGUAUCCUUGUCGUGCCACGGCUGUUUCUGCACCUGAGGUCAGCUCGGCUGCCCAUUAGUCUGGGGUGAGGAGGUUGACUCUAUUGGGGGGCUGAACCACGUUCAAAAUCGGGUUGGAGACCCAGGCACAUCGGCUCGAGUAGGCUACCCCAGGUUGAGUCGGCUACCCCAGGUUGAGUCGGCUGAUGGCCAGAGUCCCAAAGGGUAUAGAAGAGUUGUAAACAGCAAGAGAGUUCACUACGUCUUUUAUGAGGGGGGUCGACAUGUAUUC